GCAACUAUUAUUGGAAAAAAAUGAUGGAAACUCUAUUAACAAGCGAAAGCAAAAAGCAUCAAAUAUCACGGAUGCCAACAUAUUUGCGGCCACAUUGCUUUAUAAGUCAAAAUAAAUUAUCGUUUUGUGGUGAGAAAUAAAAGUUUUGCAUCGUUAUAUGGUUUACUAAUUAAUUCUUUCAAAGAAGUCGAGCAAAUUUACCGCUUGAUGAGUGUGCCCAAUUUUCCCAACUCUAUAAAUAAAAAAUAAGACUUAUUAAGCAUUAUAGUGGCCUUUAAAAAUCUCUGUUCGUCAAAAAAUUACAUAUUUUUACGAAAGAAUUCGAAUACAUAGAAAAACCUGCGAAAAAAUAAUCAAACUUGACAAAUUGGUUUAUCUCACAUACAUUUUACGCACACACUCAGCAUAUGCUUUCUUGGAGUGGAUUGCAAGCCAAAAAAUACAAAAAAGGUGCCGCUAUUUGCAAGUAAAUAUCCCUUACACUUAUUUGCGAUAUGGCUUGUGCAACACUGAAACGUGCACUUGAUUGGGAGUCUAUAAAUCAAUUACCUACCAAACGGCGACGCUGUAACCCAUAUGGACAAGCUGGUAGCGUGUCGCCUUCCCGAGCAGCUGGUACUUCUUGUCAGACGGCUCGUGACGCUUUAAAUCCUUCAAGCCCCAGCAGUCGUUUUGUUAAGGAGCCCCAAUUAAGUCCGUUUGCCGAUGCAGGUGUGUCAACAAUGUCGCCCACCAAAAUGUCACAAAAUAUACGCGAUGAGAUCAAAAGACUGCACAGACGCAAACAGUUACCAUUCUCUACGGUAGCUCUUGAGUGUAUGCAAGACUCGGAAUCUAGUGGCUCAGAAAUGGGUUCCGACAGUCCACGACGUCCCGACAGUCCUCCCAAUAUUAUGCGAAAUCCUGAAAAAGGGUUAUUUACGUUUAAACAGGUGCAAUUAAUUUGUGAACGUAUGCUAAAAGAGCGUGAAGAUGAAUUGCGAGAAAAAUAUGAUGCUGUUCUAAACACCAAACUUGCAGAGCAAUAUGAUGCUUUCGUAAAAUUUACGCACGAUCAAAUAAUAAGACGUUAUGAAGCUGCUCCCAGCUAUCUAUCAUAAUCGGACCUCAGGCGCACUAUAUUACUAGUCGCUACAAAAUACCCCGCUGCUUAAUUUUCUCAUCUUUUAAUUCUAUCAGCGCCAUCACUGUCACAGUAAAAGCAAAAAAGAAAAAACAAAAAAAACAUAAUUCUCUUUCUUAUUUUUAUACAUACUUUAAUUUAUGCACAAUUUAUAAGUUUGUUGCAAGCUAUAUUUUGGCCAACGUUAAAUACAAAUAAAGAUUUUAAUAAUUAAGCAACACCUCAAUAUACCUGCAGGUAAACCAUUAAAGUUUGAAUUGCGUAUAACUAAAGGACAACAUACUGUGUACUACCACUAAAUUUAACAACUAAUGAAUGCUACAAAUUACAAAAAUAAAAACACAUUUACUACUAAAUUAUAAAUAACAUUAAUUAUAAUAAAUAUAGAC